GGCGGUGGGCGCGGCGUCCGGGUGGCGGUCGCCACUCGGGUGGUGGCGCGGGCGCCCAGGGCAGACACUAGGGUGAUCCGGAGGCGCGGCCCUGGAAUUAGGCGGACAGCGGGGCUGAGGCUGGGGCUGGUGCAGUGUGCGCGCGGGGCCGCCGUGCCUUGGACCCGUGUGGCAGCUGCCGGGAGCGCUGCCCUUCGCCAUGUACACCUUCGUGGUGCGCGACGAGAAUAGCAGCGUCUACGCCGAGGUCUCCCGGCUGCUGCUGGCCACCGGCUACUGGAAGAGGUUGCGGCGGGACAACCCCAGGUUUAACCUGAUGCUGGGGGAGAGGAACCGACUGCCCUUCGGGAGACUAGGUCACGAGCCUGGGCUGGUACAGCUGGUGAAUUACUACAGGGGGGCAGACAAACUGUGCCGCAAAGCUUCUUUAGUAAAGCUAGUCAAGACCAGUCCGGAGCUGUCUGAGUCCUGCUCAUGGUUCCCCGAGUCCUAUGUGAUUUAUCCAACUAACCUCAAGACGCCAGUCGCUCCAGCGCAGAAUGGCAUCCAGCUUCCGGUCAGUAACUCCAGGACAGAUGAGAGAGAAUUCUUCUUGGCUUCUUAUAACAGAAAGAAAGAGGAUGGGGAAGGCAAUGUUUGGAUUGCAAAGUCAUCAGCUGGUGCCAAAGGUGAAGGCAUCCUCAUCUCCUCAGAGGCGUCGGAGCUUCUGGAUUUCAUAGACAACCAGGGCCAAGUGCACGUGAUCCAGAAAUACCUCGAGCACCCUCUGCUCCUCGAGCCCGGUCACCGAAAAUUUGAUAUUCGAAGCUGGGUCCUGGUUGACCAUCAAUAUAAUAUCUACCUCUAUAGAGAGGGUGUGCUUCGAACUGCUUCAGAACCAUAUCAUGUUGAUAAUUUCCAAGAUAAGACCUGCCAUCUGACCAAUCACUGCAUUCAGAAAGAGUACUCAAAGAACUAUGGGAAAUAUGAAGAAGGGAAUGAAAUGUUCUUCGAGCAGUUCAAUCAGUACCUAACAAGCGCUCUGAACAUCACCUUAGAAAGUACCAUUUUGCUGCAGAUCAAACACAUCAUAAGGAGCUGCCUCAUGAGUGUGGAGCCUGCCAUCAGCACCAAGCACCUCCCUUACCAGAGCUUCCAGCUCCUUGGCUUUGACUUCAUGGUGGAUAAAGAGCUGAAGGUCUGGCUCAUCGAGGUCAACGGUGCCCCUGCAUGUGCCCAGAAGCUCUAUGCAGAACUGUGCCAGGGCAUCGUGGACAUAGCCAUAUCCAGUGUCUUCCCACCCCCGGACACGGAGCAGGUGCCACAGCAACCGGCUGCGUUCAUCAAGCUGUGAGGCACCGGAAGGGACAGAGCCACCUUGGGAAAUGUAUGGGGUCCUGCUCCAGAGGAACGAGAGACGACUGGACUGCUCCUUACCAAGGGAUGCUGGGGAAGAGUGUGUGAAGAGAAGGCGGCUGUGGAAGAGCAGCUGAGCUGCCCACGGUGAUGUGGGGACCUUAGGAAACUGACACAAGCGACUGAGAGGGAGAGCCGAACGCUUUUCUAAAGGGCUGGGACCAGGGCUUUGUUAUGGUGUGAUCUGACCCCUUGAGCGGUUUCCGGUCUUGGGUGGUACUGGGAACAGAGUUCCUUUCCACCCGGGAUGUAGCCCAGGGGCCUCAGAGGGGUGUCUGCCCACCUGCUGCAGCUUUAGUGCCUUAGUCUGUGCCCGGUGCAGCCUCACUGGGCACAGACUGGACCUUAGAGCAUUUUCGAGGUUGCCACACGUUCCCUGCACAUUCCUUCCACGGCUCUAUGUCCCGCUGAACUCUAGAUGAGCAUGCAGCGCAGUCCAUGCUGUGCCCCGGCCUGUCAGUGAAGGCCUCUUGCUUGUCACCAUCCUGGUGGGCUAUGAUUGAGCACCUGCCAGGGGUCCUGUGGACACCAAACAGUAUAUGCUGCUCAUUGCAUGUUUUAGAAACAAAAGCAGCAGGCCUGACGAAUCUGCAAGCAUCAAAUAAGCAUGAGAGAGAGAGAAAAACAAAACCAUGAUAUCUUACUUUACUUAAAGGGAUGGGGGGGGGGGGGAGUCUCUGAAGUAUCUUGAGUCUCAGUUAUCUUUGGCUUUACCAGAAUUCUGAAUGCAGCUUUGCAAUUUCUCUUCCCUUUCCCCCACCCCCAUGCCCACCCUGCAUCUCUGAACCUUUGUAGCGAUCCUUUCUGGGAGUCAGGGAAGGUAGAAUCCCUUCCCUCACACUCCUCACCUCAUAGCUCUCCCCAUGCCUGUCCUCCUUGACUCCCAGGGCCUUCUGCAGGAGCUGGAGGGCCAGGUUCCAUUCCAGAAAGGGCCCUGUUUGCUUAUGCAUGUAGGUGACAGGACAGACCCCCUCUCAGUGAGGGUGUAGCUGCCCGAGUGAGAAGUAUUUUGGAGCCCUGCACAGCUUCCUGUGUCAACAAAAGUGUCCCAUGCAAUGUUGUGUCUGGGUCACGGGUCCAUUCAUAUUUUAUAGGCCUCUUGGAAGCCCGCUUCCAUGGUGGUGGUGGGAAGAGUCUCGAGUAUUCAGGGUGAGCAUAUAAACAGUCUCUUCUGAAGAGUGUCCUGGAACCACAACAGACAGAGCGAAGCUGCCCUUCUCCCCAGAGCGCAGUGUGGUCUUUCCCAGUGUAACCACGUGCUUCUUCAUUUACAUCUACUGGGUACAUUCUACAGUCCUGUGAACCAUUUACAAAAGACCUGCUGAAGCACCUCUUCCCCAGACAGGGUGAGGUGUGGGAACUUGCAGCAAGGGAAGGAAGGAUGAGCUUUUUAUUACGUGCACUGGUGAGUGGCAGGAUGUGACAGUGUUUACUGAAGCGAGGAAAGUCCCGACUCGUGGGAGUCUGGAGUUAGGGGGUAAAGGUGCCAGGGUUACCUGGAAUGUGGGUGACAGAGGCGGCACCAAGAGCAAAGUAAAACACUCAAUAUGAAAUCAGUCUUGAGGCCCAGCACAGCUGACGGGGGAGUGCUGGGAUCUCCUGAGAAGGCAGUGUGCACACUCACUUAGAAUGUGGGGGAGUGCUGGGUCCUUGGCUGGUCUAGGUGGGCUGGUAAUGGAGAAAGCAGGGAGGUCUGUUGUGUUCUUGGAGCCAAAUCACAGGAACAUUCAAGAGUGAUGUAGCCAUCAUGGUGACAGAGCUGAAAAGGCAGACUCAGUAAAUCUUUAUGAAUCUCAACAGGUUUUGUAAUAAGCCUAAAGGAAUCCAUGUAAAGGAAGUGAGGUGUUAGAAGGAAAGGGUUGAGCUCAUGCCUCAUGUAGCUUCAACCAUUUUUAUGAAUUUACUUCCCACCAAGUAGGAAGAUUGGCUCUGAACCGUUUCGAACUGUUUCAUGGUAUCCCUGGCACAGAUGGUCACGCCUGGCCUCCCAGUCACUCUUAGUGGUCAGUUGGUGUAAGUGCUGCCCAUCACCAGGAGAGGAGGGGUUGUUUGGAGAUGCCAAUUCCACCCAUGGCUCUGUCAUUAGACUGCACAAUGUCACACAAGCCAAAUAACCUCGCUGUGCCUUAGUGUCUCAUGGAGGAGACAUUACCUGACCCAGGGACUACCUCAGGGGAGUUUUGUGAGAACAGAAGAGAGAAGUGCAAGAGUCAAGGCCUUUGGUACCCAGGCUCUCAGUGCCAACCAACUACAUCAACACUCUCCCAUGAUGUUAAAAAGAAGUUGAUGACCCUUCCCACCUGUGGCCAAUUGAAUCAGAACCUCAGGUAACAAUAUGUCUUGAGGUGCCUUGAACCAUUACUUCAGGAAGGAGGACAAACACAUUAUUAUCUUGGAAGAAUCACUUAAGGAUUAGGCUCAAAAAAAAAAAUACUCUUAGAAGCAAGCGGUUCUGUAAGAACAAUCACAUGCUGAUAUGUGUAUUCACAGUGAAAGUCUUACCCAAGCAGUUUCUCAGUUUGCUUCUCAUCCAAGCAUCUGGAAAAUCAAACAUGCUUUCAUUUAUCUAAGCAGUUUAUCAAGUCCUUGAUAGCUAAAUGUACACAGGCACGAAUCUAUAAAUCUAAUACUACAUAUUAGCAUUAUCCAUUAAUUAUGAGAGAAAAAGCCCUCCCCUCACACUUGACUUCAUGGCAAUUAUAAAGUCCAAUUUGCCAAGAAUAUAUAAGUGCCUCUGUGUUCUGAGAUAGCAUGGAGCUGGCCUGCACAGCAGCUGACAGCGUGUGUCAAUAGCUCUGUGGGAUGACACCUGCACAGGACAUGGGGAGCACCAGAAGUGGUCUGUGAUCCACAGAGCCAGCCGGGGAUAGUGAUACUAUAAGGUGUUCUUAUGAACAGUGGUGGUUGUGUUCAUGGGUGAACUCGGUCCUGUCAUGAGUGUGGCAGGGAGGAGAUCCAUGAACAAAAUGACAAAGUGCCAAAGUGGGUUGCAUGUGGGUUGUGGGUGCCGUCGUGAGGAUUCAGUGGUUGAUGUAUGUGCCUCCAAUCCUGGACACAGCCUGCACCUAAGAGGAAAUUUCUGAAAUAAGGCAACUCCAUGAAUGUGUUAAAUGCCUGGGGCAUUAAAGAUAUCUCAAGUGUU